AUGCUGCAAAAGGCUGUUGUUGUUGUGUCCAUUUUCCUGGUGGUUGGCGCGGCUAAGGUACCGCGAUUAGUACUGGACGAUACGUACGAUAGCCGUGUAGUCGGUGGAGAGGCAGCGAAAAAUGGAUCCGCACCGUAUCAGGUGUCACUGCAGGUGUCUGGCUGGGGUCACAACUGUGGUGGAUCACUACUGAACGAUCGAUGGGUUCUAACGGCUGCUCAUUGUCUGGUCGGGAAUGAUCCUAGCGAGCUGCAAGUGCUUGUCGGUACGAACAGUCUGAAGGAGGGCGGCCAGCUACUGAAGGUUGACAAGCUGCUGUACCACAGUCGCUACAAUCGUCCUCAGUUCCACAACGACGUUGGGCUGGUACGUCUCGAGAAGCCGGUGAAGUUUUCGGAUGUUGUGAAGAGCGUCGAAUACUCGGAAAAGGCCGUUCCUGCCAAUGCAACGGUACGAUUGACUGGCUGGGGUCGCACCAGCACCAACGGACCAGUACCGACACUUUUGCAGAGCCUGAAUGUCGUCACACUGUCGAACGAAGAUUGCAAGCCAAAAAUGCCUACUCCCUCAAGUGUUGAUGUUGGACAUCUUUGCACCUUGACCAAAACUGGUGAAGGAGCAUGCAAUGGUGACUCCGGCGGCCCACUGGUGUACGAGGGAAAGCUGGUGGGAGUGGUGAACUUCGGUGUUCCCUGUGGACGCGGAUUUCCGGACGGGUUCGCGCGGGUUUCGUACUACCAUGAAUGGGUGCGGACAACUAUGGCCAAUAACUCGUAA